CCCCCCUCCUCCUUCGUUCCUGUGCUGCAUGCCCUUUUCUCCAAUCUCUCAACCAACGAAAUUAUUGCUCUGUUUCCUUCUCCAAUUGCCUGAUUCACCGCCUCCAUUGUUUUCUAGUUUCUCCCGCGGCCAUUUCCUCUCUGGCAGCCAGAGGGAGGGGGGAAAAGAAUAGAGCCGCCCACCGGCCGGCCGUACCAGAACAGCAAGUUAUCUCUGAAAACAAAAAAACGAAUGUUUGAAUGAAACGGAAGCUUUUGGCAUCAGGUUUCGUCCGGCGCCGGUGAUCUCCGGUUUAAUUUCAUCGCCCUUCUUUAUUUAAUCUCGGCUGGAGAUUGUUCUUUCCUCGUUGCUUGUGACGAAAUUUGGGCGGGAAAAUGGAUGUGUUGGAGGAUCGCGAAGCGGAGGAAUUCUUCUACGAUCCGUUUUCAGGAGUCGAGGAAUUCGACCUGGAUUACGAGUUCGACGCGCCUAAGUUCCACGAUUUCACCAAGCCGGAACCCGAUUCCGACGCCGAUGAAGCUCAGGGCUGGCUCGACGUCGCUGCAGGAUAUCCGCCUUCUCCGCUGGCUCUCAAGAUGUGCUGGAGACCGCUGGUUCCUCCUGUAGAUACGAAUCCUUCCAGUUCCGGCCGAACGAACUCUUCCGUAGAAGACGAAGAUAACGACGAAUCAGGAUCAAAACCUUGCGAUUGCAAAUGUCAACCGAAAUCGCGGGCUAAAUCUCCGGCAGCGAAGAAAAGAAGUUCGAGUUUCAUGAACCCUACGGCUAGUCACUUGGCCAAGAAAUUGGCCCCGGAGCAAAUUCAGUGCGAGCGAUUGCUCAGAAGGUUUCCAAAGGACACCACCAAAAGCGAGGGGAGGAGUUCGCGGAGUUCAUCUACCAGUGGAAUCCCAGCAACCAAAAGGCAAAAGCUGGAGGCUGGUUACUUGCGCAAGGGUGCUCGGCUGAAGCAUCAAGCUCUUUUCCCACACAAAGAAUCAAAUCCAAAGGGAGUUAACAAGGCCUCAAGUAGACCUAAAGCUACAGUUCCUGUACAACCAAAUCUAGCAACAGCUAUUAGAGCAGAGCGACGGAGGUCCAAAACUAAAUUGGAGUUUGAAAAAUUUGCAAAACCCAGUACUUCUCCUGCCAAAACAAGACCAUUGAAUGGAAAGUUUCUGAUCUUUACCCCAACUCUUUUGUGGUUUGGCAGCUUUAUAAGGCUCCUUCCUUGCCUGUCCCUAGGAAGUCCACACGGCAGCUUCCAGAACUUCAAACAAAGCUUUCUGUUGCAGGGAGUAAAGCUACCCCGUUCGAAAUCUUCGUCUGAAAGACACAACAGAGAAUUGACCAGUGGUCCUCCACAGAGGGACAAACAGGAGCGACAGGGGAGAACUCGAUCUCUCAAAACGAAGGAAUUAAAGAGCACAGACAAAAGGAGGUACCUGGAUGAGCCUCCAGUAGAUGAGUUUAAUCAGCUCUCCCUAGCGUCUCAACCUCAUUCUGCAACUAGACAUCAGACAAAAGUACAUCCUCAUCCUGAGUUCUCGAAAGAGAACACACGGAGAGACUCGAAUCAAGAGAAAGAGAUGAAACCGCAUUGGCCUGGACCUGUGAUUCUUCACCAUUGUGGAAAUGAAAAGACCAUAUCUUCUUCCCUUGGAUGCCACAUGAACAAUAACAGGAGUAUGCCAAUUCACUAACACAAUAACAACCGAUUAGCUCCAUCGGCAAAAGGACGUCAGGGGGCUCUCCUGCUAUCUAGUAUCAGUAUAUAGUUCAGGAUUUCAGGGGGCCCUCCUGCUGUUUAUUAUCUAGUUCAUCAAGUGCGUGGGUCCUGAAAUGACUUGAAUCCAUCAGUAGCUUUAAGAUGUAACAAUGGUAGUGAUCUAUUUCGCAACAAUUUAGACUUUCAACACAAACAGAGAAAAAUAACUAGGCAAUCAUGUAAUUACUUCAAUGUAAGCAGGUGGCCAUUCUGUGCAUAAGUUAAUACCAAGUGUAAAUGUCAGCAAGCUUUUAGCAAGUUUCUACAACUGCCUGUAUACGA